AUGGCUGACGUUUGGGACGGGGCGAUGGUGACGACGAAGAAAAAGAAGAAGAAGCAGCCUUGUUUUUAUUUACUACCCACAUCAGCAGUGUCACCCGUUUCUCAACUUUCACUCUUUCGUACGUCUUGUUUGAGUGCUGCUUGCGACUGUUGUCAUUUUGGCUCUUCUGCUGUUACGUCUUCGUCUUCCUUCUUACUAGCUCUUCAAUCCUGGAAGGAAGACAGUGCACCGCCUUCUUCCAAUUAUUACGAUUACCGCAAUUUCUUUCUCUUUCUUCUCUUUUUUCUUUUUCUCUUCUUUUUUUCUUUCUUUUCCUUUCUUUCUUUUUCUUUUUUCUCUCUUUUCUUUCUUUCCUUUCUUUCUUCUUUUUCUUUUUUAAUUUUUCUUUUUUUUCUUUCUUUCUUUUUUUUCUUUUCUUUCUUUUUCUUUUUCUUUCUUUUUCUCUCUUUCUUUCUUUUUCUUUCUCUCUUUCUUUUCUUUUCUUUCUUCUCUUUUUCUUUCUUUCUCUUUUUUUUCUGA